GACGACCCGAUGUCUCCAGUAUCGUCACCGUCUGUAACAUCAUCACCACCAGAGAGCGGUUACGACGUUACGACCACUGGCAUGCGUCAAGCCGAGCUUGGACGGAGCACAUCUGAAGAAACAACAGCUCCCAGCGCCGAGCAACUAUUGGGCAACUCGGGCGAAUCCGAGCCCGAGGUGACUUCUGAGCCCCAUUCGACCAGGUGCAUGUCAUCGCCGGCGCCUCAAGAGGUCGUCAGUCUGGAACAUGUAGUGCAUGUCUCCUUGACGGCAAGCCCAUCUUCAGCCCCUUCAACACAAGCCCUUCGCCGGUCUCGCAGGGGCCGGGUUCCUGCUGGCGGCUAUACUGAGGUUGACUCUGACGCAGAGAGUGACGCCAACGAAAGCGUAAACAUGUCUUUAGAUGACGACCAACCGCUUGUUACGAGGAGCAGUCCCUUGGGCUCACGAGGCCAGCUCGGCAACAAGCGACGUAGGGCGUGCUUCCACGAAGAAUCCACGAGGGACAGCAGUGCCUCCAAAAAAGUUUGCGGACCAGGAGGAACAUCGACUCAUCCAUCGAAGACCAAAAGAAGGUCACGGCGAAUUGCAGAGCACAAGGAGAUCGGUAUGGUAAGCCCUCCGCGGUCGGAGGGCGCAUCGCAGAAGGAGCAAAGUCCAAUUCAUGUUUUUGCGACCUUUGACGAAUUUCCCCUACACCUCACCCCUUUGAACAACUUCGUUGUCAAGCGUACCAUCGUUGGUCAUGUAACGACGUUCACAAUCGAGUGGCAGCAGGUGACCCCUCAAUGUCGAUGCCAAGUCCCAUCAGAGGUAGCCCGGCCCUCUAGUCAUUCACCCCCCAAGCCAAGACUUGUGAGAUCACCGACGAAACCCAAACGGCGCUUUUCUUACGAUGAGAAUAAACUCCUGCGCGAUUUGAAGGAAAGAAACCUUCCGUGGAAGGAGAUUCAUCGCCAGUUCUCGGUUGUGUUCCCGGGUCGAUCUGUUGGAUCACUGCAAGUUCAUUAUAGUACCAACUUGAAGCAUUGAAUUGAAUUUGAAUUUGAAUUUUUCCCCUU